CUUCCUCCAGUGCCCUCCAGGGGGGUGAUGGGUUAACCUGCCAAGAGGCCUACAGCUUUGAGGCCUUGGGUAAGAGAUGAAUAUAGUCCAUACUGUAGUGUAGUGAACCUCUUUAUUUGUCCAGGGUGAACAUGGACAAUUAAGUUAGUCUCCUUUUCCCCAUCAUGGAAGUCUGCUGGCUUGAGGCUACUUGGCAGGAUUUGGGUCUAACUACGUCAGGCAACUCUUAAGAAGAACCUCUCACAAUUACCAUUUUUUUAUAAGCUAAAAGGUCCCAGCAGUUCAAGCAGAUCUUUAUAAAGAAGAUGAUCAGAUUCUGAAAGAAAAUGCAACAGUAAUUUUGUUCUUUGGACUUCUGUAAUAAUGGCUGCCUGAUAGCACUUUGGGCUUUGAUGUUGGUGCUUUUGGGGAAACUGAAGACCACCAUCUUGUAUGUUGGUAGCAAGACCUGGAACUAUGCAGCUAUGAUGUUAAAUGUAUGAAUAACUCAAGAGCUGAGGGGUUGAGAUGACAUAACUUGGAGUUUGGAAACAAAUAUAUCCAUUGUAAGUGGUUUUUCAAAAGAAAUCUUCAAGGCCCAUGUUGUACACUAGAAAGUUAGAAACCAAAAUUAAGCUGAUCCCUCCCUUACCCAUUAGGUAAAGACUGGUGUUUCUCUUUCUAAACCAGAGAUGGGGAACUUGUGGUCCAACAGACGUUGGUAGACUCCAGCUCCCCUUAGCUCCAGUUAGCAUGGACAAAGGGAACUGUAGCCCAAGGACAUCUAGAGAGCCACAGGUUCCUCAUCCCUGCUCUAAACAGACCCAUGGUGGUGGAGUCCCAACUUCUGCUUGGCAUCUUUAAGGCACUGUGGGCAUUUUCAUUCUGUGCCACACAUUAAGGAAGACAAGAGAGACAGGUUUUCUAGCAUCACCUUUGUGCCUCAGGAGGACCUGAACGCCACAUCACUAGAGAGGCUGGAGGAGGAGGAGGGUUUGUUAAAGGGAAAAUUCCUAGGAGCUGAGCAACACUGAAUCCUUGGAGGUAUCAUAUAAACCUGUCAGCUGAUAUGAAUAAAGAAGCUCUUACCUGGGGUAAUAGAAGACACUGGUGCUACAAUAGGGGCAAAGCAUAUAGGGUUGGCUGGUUUGCGAAUGUAAAUGAGAUUGUCCUCUCACAAACGUCCCAAAUUUGGAUGCCAUUAUGGAUGGAUAUUGUCAGAGAGCAAGAAGUGACUCUUGAGUUCCUUGUCUGCAAGGCUAGGAAGGGAAUGGGCCAGGCUGGCUUGGGCUGAGCUUUCAGCCUAGGAUUCCCUGCCCUGGAGACCAUCAGCAGAGAGAAGGCCAGGAUGCAUUGUGAUGCAAGCGUAGCCCUUCUGAGUCACAAUGCCACUGAGCCGCUGCCUCCCUCUGGGCUCCGUCCCAGCCUGCCCUUUGCAAUAGGCGCUUCAACCUGCCCAGUGGACUCUUAGGGAGCACUCCUCCGCCUUUGAUAGGAUGGGUAGCGGCUGUCCUCUUGCCCUUUGCCUUGGGAACAGUGAAAUGUAUUGGGCUGGGCUGGCCUGGAGUCCGUUUAGAGGGCCUGGGCCGAACUUUUCUCCACACCAAGAAAAGGCCUCCCCUGCGCAAUUUCUGUGUCAGGUUUCGGUUGAAGGUACAAGACAGGUCUGGGGCUCGGACAUGAGCUCCCAAGAGACCCCACAAGCUCGGAGAUUUCCAAUAGAGGCAGGAGAUUCUCCCAGCCUGGCGACUGCCCCCGAAACACAGGAGCCAGUUGCCCCUGAGCGCACUGCAACAAGGCAGCUGCGAAGAUGUCCAGGGUGCCACUGCCUGACCCUGCCCAACGUCCCCAUUGACGUCUACAUUGCCAUGGGUGGGAGCCACAGGCCACGAACCACCUGAAGGCUCCCCUAGGUCGGGCUCGAGUGCUGAGGCCACAGCGGCUGUCCCAGGAAACACACUGACAGCCGGACAACAGCAAAGCAAGCCACACAGAACAGUGACGCACAUUUUAAUAAAAGGACACCUUAAAAUGUU